AUGCUCCUGGACUACGACGGGUACGAAACAGAUUCCGACUACUCGCAGUCGGUGCUAUCGGCACAAGAACAAUGGGAAGAGAGCGUGCAGCAGAUCACGGGGCUUGUGAAUAUGAUUAUUUUCCCAUUGAUUGGGAAGUUGUUGGGAAGGCGUUUCAGUAAGGUGUUGUGGGCCCGCUUUGCCAAUUGGUACUUUUGA